AUGCUUUUUAGGCUUGGCCGGCACGUCGUGUCAAGAGUUGCGCUCGUGGCGCUUGUCCCCGGCGGCAGUGUCCGCCUGCUAAGCAAUUCCGCCCUGCAACUGGCACCCAAACGACGAACGAAGACAUCAGAACCCGGAAAGGCAGCAGCAUUGGGAGCUUCUGCAUCACCAACACAGAAGAAUGACCCGCCGCCACGACGCCGGCAGCGAAAAAACAAAGGGGACGGUCAUGACACUGAGGUUUUGAAUCCGCGAGGUUCACUGGCCUCCUUGCCACGUGCAAAGAAGACGAAGGGCGUGCAGUCUGUGGCAAAGGAAGUAAGAGGGCCCACUCCCACUACAAGCGAUGAGACGAGUGAGUCUGCAACGCCGAGCUUCACAGUUGAUGUUCUCCGCGUAGUGGAGGAAUGGGGUGCGGCGUGCGCAAACGUGCAACCGGAGGAUGUCGAGAGCGGGGAGACCCAAGUCGAAAAUAAAAAUGCCGCGUCUCACGUGGCGGUUGCGGCUGGCACAAAAGGAAAGCCUCAACUUGGGGCCACUGCCCUCGCUGCGCUUCUCGUCCGUGCCGUGAAGCUACCAGAAGAAUAUCCAACACUUCACGGCGUGCUGCAAGUUUACCAACAGACGCCACUCUCCCGAAGUGGCGUUGUUGUUCUUCACGCAAUUGAACUUGUCCGUAACGUGGAUCAUCUCUCCACUCUUGUUGCUUUUUUGCGUGUGUAUCGCACGAGUGCCUUUAGCAGCACUCCGGUAUACGAGGCAGUGAUGGAGGAGCUUGUGCGAGCGACGACGAUGUGGUGGCAUCAAGAUCAGAAUAGCACCAAGAGAGGAGAAAGAGAUGAGAUUGUAAUGCGGACUACACUGAUGUGGAUUUUAUUGGAGUUUCGAAGGAAUUAUUUUGAGAUGAAUGCCACUUCCACGAGGAUAUCCGAUGCGUCCAAAGGAAAUAAGAAGAAAGUGGGAGAUAAAAGAGGUGCCUCUAUUGAACACAGCAAAUGGUUAGAAGAGACCACCCAAAAAUUACUUGCAGACGCUGCCGUACCAGCUGCCGAUCACAUAGCCCAGGAGGCAGGCGAUCGUAAACUACAGACACUAACAGAGGGUGUGGUGAAUAUGGCUCUUUUCCUUCUCAGUUCUGCCAUGGCAACCGAAUUACAAAUGUACUCUUCGCACAAAGAAACAUGGGAAAGGGGCACCUCUCAAGUGCAGACGGCCAUAGACGUAUAUCUGAGUCACAAUUCAUCUGAGGAUUCUCUAAAUGCCAGUAUGAAGCAUCUCCGAGCGCACGGGUUCGACCUGUUGGACGCACUGAGGCUUUUAUCAAUGCUUGACACGGCUCUUUCCCCUCUUUUGCGGGAACGCCUGAAACGCACCGCUUCUGAAUGCUUUUUAAAAUUGUGUGGUGCUGUGGGUGCACGACCAACCCUAUUUACAGAGGUCUUGUGCACUCCGGAAAUGGCACAGCGUGUACGGGCAUUAACUUCAAACGACAUUGGCGAUUACGUUAAGGCAGCUCUUUUUACGGGUGCGGCUCUCUUUUGCGAGCGUGCAGAUGACGCUGCGGUCAACCGGAUAGCGCAACAAUUGCAGGCGGUGAAGAGGGUAUCCGCUAAGAAAGAAGGUGAUCUUUGCGUUGAUGCCGACGAAAAGGAAGAGGAUGACGCGGAGGUGACUUCUCCGCGAUCGAGACGCGCAACCAUCGCGUAUGGACUUUUUUCUGCGGGGUUUGAUCCUGAGGCGGUGCUCAGCAGUGGGUUAUGCGUUGGACACAACGCGAUGGAGGUGCUUGAGCUGUUACAAGCCGCUGCCCUCUUCUCACGGUCAUUUGCCCUUUCCCCAUUGCCCGCGCGGCUCUCCAUGUUGCUUACUACGGAGGUCGCAGCGCUUAUCGAAGCGCGUAUUAGGGCAGAGAACCGCGCAGGUGUGACACCAACAGAUUGCAUUGAGGGGCCGAGGCCACUUGCUGAGUUGUUGGAAAAUUUUUCGCCUGUAGAGAAAAACACGAGCGGGAAAAAGGAUGGCCUUGUGCCCCUUGAAGUUAUUUUUCAUUUGGCCUUUGGGACUGCCGUGGAGCUACUUGUGCGGGGAGAAGAGAAGAAGCUCAGCUCACAGCUUGUGCGGCUGCUCACGCUACUGGAGUGGGAAGGAUCGUAUAAGUACCUUGUUGAUGGGCUGUCACUGUUGAUUGACGGAUUUGUUGAGCGCUUCCGCACCGCUGGGCGGUGCCAACAUGAUCGGCACCAGCAAAAAUCGAGCAUGACGACAUCUACUGAGGUUGAACAAUCCUUGUCGGAAGUGACAGCCUUUUUUGUUCCACGUGUUGUGGAGGCUGUGCAAAGACGAUUGGCGAAAACAAAACGUGCCAGCGCUAUGAGUGACGCGGAGGAAAAGGAAGCGGCGCAACUGCUACAGCUGGUUUUACACUUCACCGUGUAUGUGGCCGCAUGCGGUAUGAAUGCGACGACGGCUAAACAGCUCGUUGGAUUACAUACCAUGGUUGUAAAGGGACUAACAUCCGGCGGCUCUGACACCCAUCUUGCCUCGCUAUCGGAGACGGUCAUACGAAUGAAUAUCCUUGUUUCAUAUUUGACAGCCAAACAGCGAGAGUUUGGUGUUGCGCGUCAUCCCGAAUCGCCUGGAUUGCGACAUUGUAGUAUUUUUCUCAAUGACGUUGUUGCCGUCCACUUGAAGCCGAUUGCCGCCGUUGUUCGUCGCGGUGGGACUAUUGUGGUGGCCCAAGAGCGUUAUCAGGUGCUUUCCCUUGUGAGUCUCCUUUUCCGACUUGUUUCCGAGUACACUGUGGAGGCGGAACCAGCCGAGUUAAGGGCAUUCCGCACAGACGUAUUGGACCCCACACUGACGCGCGUACUGCAAGAACAAAAUAACGGGGAUGUUCAGUGCAAUGAAACCCUUGAUCUUGACGCACUGAGCGAAAUCACAGUGGUGAUGUGCGUACCACACACCAUUCAUCACCUUUCUAGCCAACUGUUGGAUCAACUCGCUGCUGCUGUGGUGGUGGCGGCACCGAAGCAGCUUCAAUUGGCCCGUACAGAGGAUCAAAGGCGGCACUCUAGUAAGACGGCGACGCGUUUGCUCGUCUCUGCUGCAGCUGUGUGUCAACUCCGACAGGACAAACUGACGGCGCGGUAUCUCUCUUUGGUGCAGGCAUUGGGACCGUUGUUGCUCCCAGCCGAGGUGUCAGCCGUAUUGUGCUCUUUUGUUGCUUUUAAUGUGCCAUCCGAUACCGAUGCCGUUGUUGAACUACGAAAUCGCCUCACGGAAGAGGCAGUAUCAACGAAUUCAUCGUUGUCUGUACCAGAGACAAUUUCAUCUUUGCGGGUUCUUUGCGAAUUGGAGGACACAACUCGGUUGGCCCAUGCAGCAAUCCUGCGACGCAUUAUUUAUUCCGGACAUCGUUUAACACCGGGAGAAGUUGGCAUUCUUGUACGCAUUACUAAAAGGCUGCAACAACUAAACGGCACUCUUCCUGAAGAUGACUUGAAGUUUCUUCAAGAUCUUCCAUUCUCUCUUGCGGAAGAAGUGUUACGAGUUCGUCAGCACUGCUCAGCUUCGGAUCUUCCUCUCGUAUUACAGGGGUAUUCACAGCUGGAGGAGGAUCGUUACGGUGAACUAAACGACCGUGUAAUGAAAGCGUACAUUCUUAGGACCAUUCAGGUCCGCCCCCUUCUGGGCCCCAAGGAGGUUGUUGAAUGUCUAGAGAGUUAUGCGGCAGCACGAGUGAGUCAUCAAUAUUUAUUUGGCGUGCUCCUUGCACGUGUGGCGGACGUCAAGUUAAAAUUUUCAUUGCCCCUUGCGGUGCGUCUUGUUCGGUGUGGAGUGAACGCCUCAUGGGAUAAAAACAUUCAGACGGCAUGCAUUACAGCCGCGCAGCCGGUAUUUAUUGGGCUUGUGCGUCAUUUACUGCAAAAUGAUCCCGCCUCGCUUCCUUCUGUUUCAAGCAACGCCGUGGUUGUACUCCAAUGCCUUACCGAAGCUUUUCCCAACGACCCCACCAGUGAUCUUUUGCUGCAGAACAUGGCGUCGCACCACACCGCCCUGUCACUGUCGACGAUGAUGGCGGUGCUUGAACUGAUUGCAAGGAGGAGUUCAACCGAAUACAACAUUUUGAGAUGCAUGACAGAACAUGCUGCGUCCGCGCUUUUUCCACAGACUUCUCCCAGUGCAUUUGCAGAACUGACGCGUUUAUUUGUUCGUUGCGGCGUGCGCUCCCGCGUCUUGUUUACGGCUUUAUCGCGGCGAUUCAAGGAAAUUAGCAACAAAUGUGAUGGAAAUGUGUUGGCAACUCUCGCGGAGGCCUUUGCUGUUGCCCAUGUUGACCUGGAAGAAGGUAUCAUUACAACUUUUAUUGAACGCAUAGUUGCUCUUUCAGAAGGAAAGCAGCUUCUUUUACAGUUAAAUCACUGCAUCAGUAUCCUUAAGCUGUUUUCUCACAUAGACGCAGAGAAGGUUGAACAGGCCACCAAUCUUCUUUUAGAGUCUGCCAGAAAAUCUCUGGAAGCGAAGGAAAUGGUUCACGAUGGUGUGAAGAUACAACAGGCUCAAGACAUUAAUAUUCUUUUAUCUGCUUCUCUUCGGACAGCCCCCUUGCGGCAUCGCGCUCUUGCAAAGCAAUGCGCCGACGCACUGCUGGGAAUUGUGGGGGCAGAAGGCGUUGGGGAGGAAAAGAACUGCGGCGCUUGGCAGACUGACCUCAUGCUUAUUGUCCAGCUGGCCAGCAACAUAGUGCGAUUGGGGCUAAGAAAUCACCCUGUAGUUCCUUACCUGUUUGAUGCCUUGUACGAAAAACGAAGUGCACUCAUGCGGCGCCGGCUGCUGCUACAAAUAACCGCCGAGACCAUCCAGAUAGCAGGGGAACACACACAUAAACAACUCUACGCCCUUCUUGUGCAGGGUAAACUUGUGGCCUGA